GUGAGAAUGAAAGGUCAGUGUCAGUGUCAGGUCCGGUCGUGAGAAUGAAAGGUCAGUGUCAGUGUCAGGUCCGGUCGUGUCGGUCAGACCCGGCUGGUCUGUGUUGCGCGUACAGAAGUCCUAGGUAGUUUUCCCUGCAUGAACAUUGCUUCACACUUUACCCUUUACGGACUAGACCCUCUGCAGAUUCGACAAGUGCAACAAGAGGGGCGGCACUAAAAUAAACCGAGGAGCAAAUCCAUUCAUUGAAAGCUGUCCUUAAUUGAAAAUGCGACUGAGACUUUUCUACUAAGAUAUCUUCUCACUGUCCACUGAAAUCAAUUGGACGCUCUACCCGUAAGGCCUUUGAAAGACCUCUUAUAUGAUCAUUCAUUCUUUUUGAUUUUUUACAUUUCAUUAAUUGCAAAUUAUAAAUUCCUAUCAAUUGAAAGUUGGGGUACUCAUAUUAUCUCUGAGAGAUCAUCAAAAUCCAGUUUUAUGCCGCAAGGCUACUCCGCCUAACACAGUCAUCAUACAGUUUACAAAACAUUUUACACAAUGCCGGCGAAAUCUAGAUUUACCAGGCUAGAUGCCUUUACUAAGACCGUCGAUGAAGCAAGAGUGCGCACAACCUCGGGAGGAAUUGUGACGAUAGCUUCAUUGUUAAUCGUCUUGUAUUUGGCCUUUGGAGAAUGGGCGGAUUACAGGAGGAUAACAGUACACCCUGAGCUCGUAGUUGACAAGGGAAGAGGUAUGUUAAUUUUUUAAGCUCUCGGGACUCCAUGGAUUGAAUACUAAUGGUCAUGUUUCUUCAGGUGAAAAGAUGGAAAUUCAUUUAAAUAUUACCUUUCCAAAAAUUCCUUGCGAACUUCUGACACUGGAUGUAAUGGAUGUUUCCGGAGAACAACAAGUUGGUGUUAUGCAUGGAGUUAAGAAGGUUAGAUUGUCUGCUCAAGAAGAGGGAGGUAACGUGAUUGAUACUACUGCUUUGGAUCUGUAUGUUUUCUGCCUUGUGCCAUUGAAUGAUGACUGAUAUCAUGUAGUCAUAAUGCAGAUGAGGCAGCAACUCAUCUUGAUCCCAAUUACUGCGGUCCAUGUUAUGGUGCUACCCCUCCUCCGAAUGCGAAGAAGCAAGGAUGUUGCAAUACUUGUGACGAAGUACGAGAAGCAUAUGCGUCAGUUUCAUGGGCUUUUGGUCGAGGAGAGAACGUAGAACAAUGCGAGCGUGAACAUUAUGGUGAACGUUUGGAUUCACAACGCAAGGAAGGUUGUCGCAUUGAAGGUGGUCUGCGAGUAAAUAAGGUCAUUGGAAAUUUCCACAUCGCUCCUGGACGCAGUUUUACCAAUGGAAAUAUGCACGUUCACGAUCUCAACAACUACUUCGAUACCCCAGUUCCCGGUGGCCAUGUUUUCUCUCAUCAUAUUCAUUCUCUUAGAUUUGGACCAGAGCUUCCAGAGGAGGUUACCAAGAAAUUGGGCUCGGAUUCCAUUAUUCCAUGGACCAAUCAUCACUUGAACCCCCUUGAUAACACGGAACAAAUCACGCAUGAGGCUGCUUACAACUUCAUGUACUUCGUAAAGGUGGUUUCAACUUCUUAUCUUCCUCUUGGCUGGGAAAAAACCUACAACAGCCCGCCUCAUGAUGCGAGCGUGGAAAUUGGAACCUAUGGACAUUCUGAAGAUGGAAGUGUCGAAACUCAUCAAUAUUCCGUUACUAGCCAUCGUCGAAGUCUCAACGGUGGGGAUGAUUCCGCUGAAGGUCACAAGGAAAAGUUACAUGCGCGUGGUGGAAUUCCAGGUGUUUUCUUCUCUUAUGUAAGUUUCCUCGAGAUUCCUAUGCUUUAUGGUAUACUAAUGAUGAUCAGGAUAUCUCACCAAUGAAAGUUAUUAACAAGGAAGAACGAACCAAAACGUUAGCAGGCUUCUUGACAGGACUCUGUGCAAUUGUCGGAGGUACAUUAACAGUUGCGGCAGCAGUAGACCGCGGCGUAUAUGAAGGUGCAACUAGAUUAAGGAAAAUGCAAUCCAAGAAUUUGUAGUUGGUGGGUGUGUCUAAUUAUUGCGGCUUGGGAUUUGGCAUGGUAUAGGAGUUUAAAGGGUGAGGCUUUGUAUAUCGAAUAUAGGAAAUAGAUAUUUUCCGGGGUUAGCGAAUAUAAAAUCUUUUGUAGAAUAUAUUCUAUCUUGUGUAAAUCAACUUGAAUGGCACGAUUUUGAAACACAGAAGGUACGGGGAAGAACCCGAUGUCUGCUCGUCAUUCGUGCAUUCGUGUAUGUAUGGGAAAUGUAAGAUUUGCCUGCCCUGUCACGUAACAUACAGAUAGAGACAGGGAUGCAAGAUCAAAACCGAAAGGGGUGACUAGCGUUUCAAGA